CAGCUGCGGUGGCCGCGGUAGUCUGAGAAUGCAAAGUGCCAUGUUCCUGGCUGUCCAGCACGACUGCGUACCCAUGGACAAGAGUGCAGGCAACGGCCCCAAGGUGGAGGAGAAGCGGGAGAAAAUGAAGCGGACACUCUUAAAGGAUUGGAAGACCCGUUUGAGCUACUUCUUGCAGAAUUCCUCUGCUCCUGGGAAGCCCAAAACUGGCAAGAAAAGCAAACAGCAAACUUUUAUCAAGCCUUCUCCUGAGGAAGCGCAGCUCUGGGCAGAAGCAUUUGAUGAACUGCUGGCCAGUAAAUAUGGGCUUGCUGCAUUCAGGGCGUUUUUAAAGUCCGAGUUCUGUGAAGAAAACAUUGAAUUCUGGUUGGCUUGUGAAGACUUCAAAAAAACCAAAUCACCCCAAAAACUGUCCUCAAAAGCAAGGAAAAUCUAUACCGACUUCAUAGAGAAGGAAGCUCCCAAAGAGAUAAACAUAGACUUCCAAACGAAAACUCUGAUUGCCCAAAAUAUCCAAGAGGCUACAAGUGGCUGCUUCACCACAGCUCAGAAGAGGGUGUACAGUUUGAUGGAGAACAAUUCUUAUCCUCGGUUCUUGGAGUCAGAAUUCUACCAGGACUUAUGUAAAAAGCCACAGAUCACCACGGAGCCUCAUGCUACAUGAGACCAGGAGUCCCCCCCCACACAAAGGACAUUCCAUUCUGUCUCCCAAGAGCAAAGGCUGUGACCUGCCAGAAAAAAAAAACUGACCUUGAAUUCAGCCUGAGUGUUAGGAAAACAUCGCUCAGAACUAUUGAUUCAAUGUUGGGUAGUGAAUCAGGAAGCCAGCAACCUAGGAGAGGCUCCGUGUGAGAACGGCUUCCCUCACUGUGUGAAGAACAGAGGGAGGGAACCGGCCUCUGAAUGUGUUCUUCCUCCUUGUCGGGAAAGCAGAGUUUGAGAUGAAAGAUCCGAUGGAAUGUUGUUGGAGCAUUUAAAAUCAAUAGGUCUGGGAUUAUGUGGCCUUAGCUAGUUGGCUGUACACCUUCCCCUAAACUAGUCCAUGUUACCACAUAGUGGUGUUAGUUCUAGUUUUCAUAUUUUAGUACUAAGUAACAUUACAAUGUUUACCGUGUGCAAGGGUGUUGAUGUUCUUAGGACUACAGAUCAUUAGUUCUAGUGUGUCACGUAUCACUGAAACUGAGAAGUAUGUUUGAGUUGUUAAAUGGUGUGUGUGAUGGACCGAAUGCUGUGCCGUGCUGUAGAACCAGCGUCUGUUACGAGUGCCAAAAACUGUCUUGCGGGCAGCUAAACUUUGAAGUGGUUUUUGAAUACUUUUAAUAAAUUUAUUUUGCUAAAUAAUGUCAUUGAACA